UAUCGUAUAUUUAUGAAGUGUUAUUCUCGUGUUAUGUUGAGACGGCUUUCAGUCGGUAUGUAUGGCUGUGCACCUGGCCUUCGCAAGAGUCUUGUCCGCCGGGCGUUGGUUCCAGUAUCCGCAACGGAUUCGAGUAGUGCUUUGUCGCUCUGUCGUUGUGCGACCACCACGUUACAUCCCGGACUCGGUGGGGAGAUUGAUGACGGGGAAGAGACCCACCCCGACUUUCAGCCUCGAGCAGUGAUAAGCAACAUCAGUAAAGAGGAGAUCGACAUGAUCAAGAAGGAUGUGGACGAUACGAUCAAGGAGGAGGACAUAGUUGUCUUCAUCAAGGGCGUUCCGGAGGCGCCAGUGUGCACUUUUUCAAAACGCAUGAUUGACGUUCUAGAGGCAUUAGGUGUAGAGUACACCUCGUUUGAUGUCCUAGUGCAUCCAGUGUUACGUGCUUAUGUUAAAGAGAUAAGCGAGUGGCCGACGAUUCCGCAGUUGUUUAUCAAAGGUGAGUUUGCUGGUGGAGUUGAUAUUAUCCUGAAAAUGGCAGAGCAGGGAGAUCUACAAAUGUUGCUCGACCAAAAAGGCAUCAAGCACCGAGACCAGUUUAAAUAA